GAGCUGAAUGAUGAGGAUACGGACUCGGACUCGGACACGGACCGUGAGAUUGCUGAGGAGGAGGCACGUAUUUACGCAGUUUCUGGCGGUCCUGGUGGGGAGGUCGUCUACCACGCGCGUCGUUCAGCGGACAACACUGAUGCAGCACAUGCAAAGGUGGGUCUCUAG